CAGUGAAGAGACAGGAUUUUAGAACAUGCGCGCAAACUUCGUUUUGUCGCAGAAAUCGUGCUUAUGCUGAUAAAGCUGCUAGUUCACCAUAUAAUGUAAUUGAAGAUACGAUCAAGAUAGAGGAUGGUGUCAUUUCAGGAGAAUUAAUUAAUUCUGAAAAUAAAAUUUACUUUAUUUUUGAAAUUCAUUUAUUAAUAAAUAAUGUUGUAAGGAUUCGAGUCAAUGAAAAAAGUCCACUAAAACCUAGAUAUGAUAGAGUAAAGGAUUGGUCACUAAUUCAGGAGCCUAUUAUUACUUUAGAGUAUACUGAAAAUACAGUAAAGGAUGGUUUUACAUCAAUCUCUUUUGGAAUAGAUCGAAAUCAUAAGGUUAUAAUACAUCAUGCUCCAUUUCGUGUUGAAUUACUGGAUAACGAUUUACCGGUCAUUACAUUUAAUGAUCGUGGAUUCUUUAAUAUUGAGCAUUUAAGGAAAAAAGAUGAUCCAGUUAAUAGUCAACCCGACAAUUUAGUAAUCCAAUCUGACGACAGUGCAGAUUUAAUAAGUGAAGAAAUACAAGAAAACAUUAAAGAAAAGCAAGAGGAUGGUUCAUGGGAAGAAACAUUUAAUGGCAAAAAGGAUUCAAAACCGAAUGGACCCGAGUCUAUUGGUCUCGAUAUUUCAUUUCCGGGGUUUGGUCAUGUGUAUGGUAUUCCAGAGCACGCAACAUCUUUUUCACUAAAGGAAACACGCGGGGGGCAAGGUGCAUAUGAUGAACCAUAUCGGUUAUAUAAUUUGGACGUAUUUGAAUAUGAACUAGAUAAUCCAAUGGCUUUAUAUGGAUCAAUUCCAUUCAUGAUGGCACAUCGUAAGGGAGCAACAGUCGCAGUAUUAUGGCUUAAUUCCGCCGAAACAUGGAUCGACGUUGUCAAAAGCAAAGAAGACAAAUCUGGCAUUAUUGAUGUGUUUGCCUUUCUUGGUCCAACCACAUCUGAUAUAUUUAAACAAUAUGGAUCUCUCACUGGAUUCACUGCUCUACCUCAAUCAUUUGCAAUCGGUUAUCAUCAAUGUCGUUGGAAUUAUCUUAAUCAGCUUGAUGUGGCUGAAGUUGAUGCAGGAUUUGAUAAACAUGAUAUCCCAUAUGAUGUCAUUUGGUUGGAUAUUGAACAUACCGAUAAUAAAAAGUAUUUUACAUGGGAUAAAACAAAAUUCACAGACCCAGAAAAAAUGCAAAGAGAUAUUGGUAGGAAAGGAAGAAAGAUGGUUACAAUUGUAGAUCCACAUUUCAAAAAAGAUGAUAACUAUUAUGUUUACAAGGAGGCUAAAGACUUGGACAUUCUUACUAAAGAUAAUAAUGAUCAAGUAUAUGAUGGUUGGUGCUGGCCUGGAAACUCUGUUUGGACUGACUGGACUAAUCCAAAAGCUCAAGAUUGGUGGGCUAAAAAAUUUGCAUUUGAUCAAUAUAAAGAAUCAACCGAAUUCUUAUUUAUUUGGAAUGAUAUGAAUGAGCCUUCUGUUUUCACUGGUCCUGAAAUUACGAUGCAUAAAGAUGUUAUUCAUUAUGAAGGAUGGGAACAUCGUAACAUACAUAACCUUUUCGGAAUGGCUUUUCAUGCAGCAACUGCUCAGGGUUUAAUUAACCGAACAAUUCCACACCGUCGUCCUUUUGUACUUUCUCGAGCAUUUUUUGUCGGAAGUCAAAGAUUUGGUGCAAUUUGGACGGGUGAUAAUUCUGUGAGUUGGGACCAUUUAGCUAUAUCAUCCCCAAUGUUGUUGACUAUCGGUAUUUCUGGAUUGCCAUUCUCAGGAGCUGACGUUGGUGGAUUCUUUGGAAACCCUGAUCCCGAAUUAUUAGUUCGUUGGUAUCAAACUGGUGCUUUUCAACCUUUUUUUAGAGCACAUGCUCAUAUUGAUACUAAGCGUCGGGAACCUUGGUUGUUUGGAGAACCACACACUAGCUAUAUUAGAGACGCAAUUCGACAGAGAUAUAUUUUAUUACCUUUUUGGUAUACUUUAUUUCAAGAAGCUAGCACUGAUGGAAUGCCAAUCAUUAGACCGAUGUUUGUAAUUUUUCCGAAUGAAGAAGAGACAUUUUCUAUGGAGGAUCAAUAUUUUGUUGGAAAUUCUCUUCUCGUUAAACCUAUCACGAGUCAAGGACAGACUUCCACAGAAAUUUACUUUUCAAGAAAUGAAGUAUUUUAUGAUUAUUAUACAUUUAAAAAAGUUAAAGGGUCCGGUAAAGUUAAAGUAAUUGCUCCUAUAAAUAAGAUUCCAGUAUUCUUAAGAGGAGGUUCCAUUAUUCCUAGAAGACAAAGAUUUAGAAGAUCUUCAUUAUCUAUGCGUUCAGAUCCAUUUACACUUUUGGUUGCUUUAGACAAAAAGGGAGAAGCAACCGGAUCGUUGUAUUUAGAUGAUGGAGAAACAUAUGAAUAUCAAAAAGGACAUUUUAUACAUAGAAAAUUUAAUUUUACUUCCAGAAAAUUGUUAUCGACAUCAUUUAUUGAUGGUCAAAUUAUAGAUAAAGAAAAUAAUUAUAUUAAAUCAAAUCAGGAUCUUAGAGUAGAAAGGAUAAUUAUUGUUGGAAUUGAUAGAGCACCAAAGAAAAUAAUUGGGUAUUAUAAUGAUUUAACAGAUGAUAAAAAAGAAUUAGAAUUUAGUUCAGGAGGAACUAAUUAUAUUGGAAUUAAUAUUGAAGAAAUAUCCAAAGAUGUUGUUAUUAUUAGAGAUCCUAAAUUAUUUAUCAGUAAAGAUUGGACUAUUGAAUUUGUCAAUUAA